GAUCUUGCUGCUGGUGCAAGCACCCCUUCCAGAAGAACUCCUCUUGCCUGUCUCCGCCUCGCCGGAAGCAGCCGGAGGGGGGUGCGGAGCGAUAAAAAUUUAUGUUUUCAUCAAACCGAGCCAAGGAGAAUGGGGGUCCUGCACCCAAAAGAAUGAAGACACGACAGAACAAGGACUCGAUGUCAAUGCGGAGUGGACGGAAGAAAGAGACUCCAGGGCCCCGAGAGGAGCUCAGGUCGCGGGGUCGAGCUUCCCCUGGGGGCGUCAGCACCUCCAGCAGUGAUGGCAAGGCGGAGAAAUCCCGACAGGCAACAAAGAAAGGCCGGGUGGAGGAAUCCUGCACCCCCAAGGGCAGCAAGCAGGGUCGAACAGAAGAGAUCUCAGAGAGUGAAGGGGAGGACACCAACGCUCCCAAAAAGACCAAAACCGAGGAGUUGCCCUGCCCUCCAUCCCCCUCCGAUGUGGACAGCCUCGAUGGUCACAGCUUCAACGAUGAGAUGAGCAGUGACCCACGGGACAUUGACCAGGAUAACAGGAGCACUUCACCCAGCGUUUACAGCCCUGGCAGCGUGGAGAAUGAUUCCGACUCCUCCUCCGUCCUGUCCCAGGGGCCGUCUCACUCCCACGCACCACCCCCCCCCGCCCUUCCCCCAGGGCCCGCCGGUAGCUCCCCCUCCCGAGAGCCUGGCCCGUCCACCUGA